CAAACACUGACGUGACUGACUUGUAUAUUUACUGUUUAUUCCUCCAUCCUCGAUCACAUCCAACAACUCCCGUUCUCGCGUGACGUUAAACACUAACGGUGGUCCAAGUGACCCGGAUGUUACAAUACUGACUGUUAGGGGCUGUCGCUGCCGCAGAAUCUUAGUUUUAACAAUGAGUUCUCCGAGCAAAUCAACCGUCGCUGUGAUCGGCAGUGGACUGAUUGGCCGCUCUUGGGCCAUGGUGUUUGUCAGCGGUGGCUACAGUGUGAAGAUCUACGAUAACCAACAAGGACAAGCUGCCAUGGCUGUCCAAGACAUCAGGAAGCAGCUGCUCCAGCUGGAGGAAGGGGAAAUGCUGAGAGGCAGUCUGACCGCUGCGCAGCAGUUCUCCUUACUCAGCAGCUGUGAUGAUCUGGCUCUUGCCCUGGACGGUGCCUUCUUCGUCCAGGAGUGUGUAUUUGAGCAGCUGCAAGUGAAGCAGAGCGUCUUCCAGGAACUGGAGAAGCUGGUGGGGACAGAUGUCAUCCUGAGCAGCUCUACCUCCUGCCUGGUGCCCAGCGACGUCUUCGCCAAAGUCCAGAAUAAGACCCGAUGCCUCGUGUCUCAUCCAGUGAACCCACCUUACUAUGUGAAACUGGUGGAGCUGGUACCUCACCCUGACACCACCGUCACUGUUAUGGACCACACCCACGCCCUCAUGACCAAGGUGGGCCAGGUACCUGUUAAACUGAGGAAAGAGAUCGAUGGCUUCGCCCUCAACAGAGUGCAGGCUGCCAUUAUUGCAGAGUCCUGGAGGCUGGUUCAGGAUGGUAUUAUCUCUGUCAAGGAUAUCGACCUGGUGAUGUCAGAGGGGCUAGGAAUGCGAUACGCCUUCAUCGGGCCCAUGGAGACCAUGCACCUCAACGCACCUGAGGGAUUGGAAGACUACAUGAAGCGUUACGGAGAAGGCAUACAGCGAGUGCUGUCCUCCUUUGGGCCGGUCCCAAAUUUCAAUGCUGAAGAGUCCAAGAGCAUCAUCAGUGAGAUGUGUGAGCUGAUUCCUAGUGACCAGCAGCAUCUGAUGGCCAGGAAGGACAGAAGAGACCAGCUCCUGAUGAACCUGUCCAAGCUGAAGAAAGACCUCUGAACUGAAUCACCUCUGAUACCUACAGUUCAACGGGAAUCAUCAUGUUGUUUCAAUCGUUUUCUUUUGGAGAGGUUUCUUAUCAUGAGCCAAACUUGGUUUGUCCGAUUUUUGUGCUGAGCAAAGGCAUGAGCACUUGAAACAAAACGUUCUUGUCAGCAGGGCCGAGGCCACAGAGUUGGGCAGCUGCCCAAACAUCUGUGAAAUGCGAGUGUCUCAGAUUUUAUUAUUUGCAUUUCCAGCAAAGGUGAAGGGUUUGUUGGCAGAGGAGUGGAGUGCUGAACUGUCCUUCUCUGGUGCCGUGCCUAAUAAAGCUCUUGA